UUGUCCUCAUUGGAAAUCAGAAUUAAUAUUACUACAUUUCAACCAACAUAAAUAAAUAAAGGAACAAAAUAAUUAAUAGUCUCUAUCUACCUUUGUCAUUGUAAAGCUUUCCCCCUCUUUUCCGUUCCAUUUCCGGACCCUAAUGAUACCUAUUGAUCGCAUUAUGCCUCGAUAGGAAACACGGUUACAUCACAAUAUUUCUACAGACAAUGAAUUUUUGACGAUGCAUAACUAAACUCGAGAAAUAGCGUCACACAAACUAUUCGAUAUUAAUCGUUCAAUUAAUAUACAAAGUAACUAAUAUGAGAUAAUAAAAUAUAUAACUUACGUUCGACAUAAUUAAAAUAAAACGAAUUGUAAAUUAUAAGUGUAUAUUAACAUAAGAUUACUAAUUUCGUAUAUUUAUCUGUGGGUGUCUCACGAGAGCAAAGGUCUCGCUCCGGGCUAUCAAUUCGUUAUCUGGGACAGAGAGAUUUUAUUUACACUCAGAAAAUUAUUUUCCAGAAGCAACGGUAGAAGAAUGACGCCGCCUAACGGAGAGAGUUCGGACGCUCCGGACAUUGUGGUGUUGGACGGUGGUUUCUCAACACAAUUAUCGUGUCACGUGGGUCAUGUCAUUGACGGCGAUCCACUGUGGAGUGCACGUUUCUUGCACACACAUCCUGAGGAGGUGGUCAAUACACAUUUGGACUUCCUAAGAGCUGGCGCGGACCUGGUAAUAACGAAUACGUACCAGGCGUCAUUGGAGGGCUUUAAGGAGCACCUUGGGCUGAACGAGAAGGAUAGCUAUGAACUAAUCAAGCGUGCUGUGCAACUUGCGAAGCGCGCGCGCACUCUUUACUUAGAAGAAUAUCAAGACUACGUCCAAAAUGACAACUCACCUCUAGUUGUUGGGUCUGUAGGACCUUAUGGGGCUCAUUUACACGACGGCUCUGAGUAUGAUGGCAGCUACGCAGACACUACAAGCACUCAGACAAUGCGAGAGUGGCACUUGCCUCGGAUUCAAGCUUUGGUGGAAGCCGGCGUGGAUCUACUGGCUCUGGAAACUAUCCCUUGUCAGGAAGAGGCCGAGAUGCUCUGCGAUCUGCUUAAGGAGUUUCCCGGCAUGAAAGCUUGGCUGUCUUUUAGUUGCAAGGAUAAUCAGAGUAUAGCGCACGGCGAGAGCUUCCAGAAAGUUGCGAAAAAAUGCUGGGAAACGAAUCCCGAUCAGCUGGUCGCUGUGGGAGUCAACUGCUGUGCACCCUCCUUCGUGUCGAAUCUAGUGAAAGGAUUCAAUGACGAUCGGCCACAUUCCCCUAUUCCACUUAUCGUCUACCCCAAUUCAGGAGAAAAAUACAACCCUCAAAUAGGGUGGAUUGAUCGCGACAAGUGUGAGCCAGUCGAAGUAUUCAUCCAAGAAUGGUUGGACCUAGGCGUGCGUUAUGUGGGCGGAUGUUGCCGCACUUACGCUGCGGACGUUUCGCGUAUAGUCAAUCAAGUGCAUUGUUGGCGAGAUCGCUACCGUUUCAUAGCUAAAAACGCAACAAGUUAACUAGCUCUAUAGAUUCACUAGUUAACAAACUGUUUAUCAAGUUAGGCGGGCGGUAUAGGUACCUAAACUGAGAACAGUGCGCGAAUGAUCCCAUAAUAAAAUAUAUGUAUGUAUUUGAACAUACCUCGCCGCUAAAUAAAUAUCCGUCUGAUGCUACAUAUACUUGACAGACCAAUUUC